AUGCUAGGUCCAUUAAGUCUACUAGAAUCUUUAGAAGAUUUUUAAAAUUGAAAAAAAUUUUUUUUGAAAGCUCACGCUCUUUAUUGAAUAUCCAACUUUUGGCAGUACAUUUUUUGCUGGUCUAUUCAUGAUUUUUGAGAUACUUUAUUGACUUUUGAAGUUCUCUAAAAAUCAUUUUACCAUACAGAAUCAGGAGUUUCGAAAAGUUGAAAACUUCUUAGAAAAAUCAGAAAAGUACGAAAAAAAUAAAAAAACAAUUUCAGCUUUUUCAAUUUUUUUGAAGACUUUCACAUAAUUUAACAAUACUGCCAAAGUCGGAAGUGCGGAAAACGGGUGCAAAAAGGCUGCUAAAAGGGUUCCGUUUUGCGGCCUAUAUUGAGCCUUUUUUCUUGGUGGACUGACAAAUGGCCCCUAAAAGGGCUCGGCCUUUAUUGAGCCUCUUUUUAUUGGUUGGCUAAAAAGCCUCAAAGAAAGGUGAAAAAAGAUUAGGGUGCAAAAAAGGGUGCUGAGAGGUUCGGCCAUUGAUGAAUUCCGAUUUUAUUACGGUAGCACGUUUUGGUUCAUACACAGUCACUGGUGAAGAUUUUUCUCAAUUUAAUAAAUAGUGUGACAAAAGGGUCUAAAAAGGGUGGAUAAAGGCCGAUGAAAGGAAGGAAAAAGGCAGCGAAACGGAAAUCGUUGCCAGCUUUUUGGAAACCUUUGCAUCCAUAACGGACGCUCAAAGAGCCCGUAAAGGGUCCUCCUGAAUCUGCUUAUGAGAGAGUUUUUAUUAGGCUCAACUUUUUCGAAAAAUAAAAAAUUUAAAAAUAGCCAACCAUUGCUUUUGAUAAUGUUUCUCGGCUUUUUUCCGGUUCUUAUAGUCCAAUUUUCUAAAUGAUUUUUUUCCGAAUUCCUAUCGCAUUUUUAUUAUUUCAGAUCCCGACGGGAAGCCGAGCCGGCCACACCUCAAGCGGAAAAAGAAGAUCAACGGCGAAGAUGAGACGCCGAAAUUGGCCGCCACUUUUGCCCUGCCGCCAAUGGAAAGUCUCCAGAAUGGGUUUUUCAGAAAAGGGGAAAAAAGUAUGGAACUAGACUUUUCAUAGAAAAAAGAUGGUGGUCCAGCCGAUUUUCCUGAUCGUUCCGGCGCCGGACGUCGCCUCCGUCGUGGAGAGCAUUGCCGAGUGGGUGUGAAUUUGAAAGGAAAAUUCAGAACGGAUACCCUUUUUUUCUCGAUUAUCGCUUCCAGAGCUCUUUGAGAGCUUUAGGAACUUGUUUUAGGAGUAAAAUCCGAUGAAAUUUAUUUCAAAAAAAAAAAUUUUUUUUUGAUCAGGACUAUGGUCAUAACGGUAGCUAGUCCGAUUUUUCUAUAUUUUUUUAAUUUUCAUUAUUUUCUUUUUAAUUUUUAUUUUUUUGUAGUUCUGGUUUUUGGUUAUAAGAACAGGUCUCUUUAAAAAAAUCUGCCUGUUGUUUUUUUUUCUUUAGUUAGAACUUAAGUUCGAGUUUUUGAUAACCUUUGUUGGUUUUGAAGUUUUUGAUGGAGUUAGGUUCCUGGCUGUAACUUAUUAGGUAAACAAGCUAAUGAACUGGUUUUUGCCUUUUAUUGAACUGGGCCCGUCGGAAACAACUGUGGAAAGUUUGACAAUAAUUGAACAACUUAUAAAAAAAGUUAUGACGAAAAAAAGGGAAAUUAUAUGUCCUAUUGCACGGUAGUGUGUAUUUUUUGUUUGUAGUUUUGAUUUUUAGUUAAAAGAACAGUUUUUCAAGAUGUGUCCUUUUUUCAGUUAGAACUGAAGUUCGAGUUUUUGAAAAUACUUGUUGGUUUUGAAGUUUUUGUUGAAGUUAGGUUUCUGGCUGUAACUUUCUUGGAAAAUGAGCUAAUGAACUGAUUUUUUGGUAUUGAAAAAAAUGGACCUGUGGGAAACAACUGUAGAAAAUUUAACGAUAAUUGAACAAUUCAUGAAAAAGUUAUGACGAAUAAAGUGAAAUUGUAUGUCCUACUGCACGGUAGUAUGUGUUUUUUGUUUGUAGUUUUGAUUUUUGGUUAGAAGAACAGUUUUUCAAGAUGUCCCUUUUUUUUUUUAGUAAGAACUGAAGUUCGAGUUUUUGAUAACUUCUUUUGGUUUUGAUCAUUUUCCUAGAAAGUUCUGGCUGUAACUUUCUAGGAAAAUGAGCUAAGGAACUGAUUUUUUGGCCUUAUUAAACUGGGCCCUUAGGAAACAGCUGUGGGAAGUUUGACAUGAAUUGAACAACUCAUGAAAAAGUUAUGACGAAUAAAGUGAAAUUGUAUGUCCUACUGCACAUUUUUGUUUGUAGUUUUUAUUUUUGAAUGAAAAAAGUCUGAUUUUCGGGUAGAAGAACAGUUUCCUGAGAAAAGAUCUAUGCCUCUUCGAAAUGUGCCUUUUUUUAAAUUUAAAACUGGAGUUCAAGUUUUUUACCAGUUUAUAUUUUCAUUAAUGAAAUCACUAGUAAAUUCAAAAAUUUAGGUCUCUGGGUAACAAAAACGAAGUGGCCAUCCGAACUUGUGCUGCUGGAACGAUGGUUACUAGAAUCUCUUCUACCGAUUCUCCAAGAUUGGACAACAACUCGCCGAAUCUCAAUAAUUUGAGAAGCCUUCUGGAUGGGGUUUAUUAUUUUCUAGAGUGUACUAAAUUUUGUGUUCUCAUUGCCUAGAAUUGAACAAAAAGGACAAUUUGAAAAACAUUUUCGAGAAAGUUUUGAUUUUCGGUUGGAGAGAACGUCGAGUUAUGAUUUUUUUAAACUUUAGAAGGAUCAUUUGACAAAAACUGAAAAAUCGGUUUUUCGGUCUCAGGUCUCAUUAAAUCAAAUUUAUGGGGGGCUAAGCCUAAGCCUAAGCCUAUGUUUUAUUCUAGAAUUCCCCCAGAGUUCUAAGACGAUUAUAAAAAGCCUAGGCAAUCUUCGAGAAUCGCCCCUACCUAACUUUGGAACAAGCAUUGCAAGCCUUGUCCAGAUCAGACACAUCCACAUUUCAGAGUCGCCCCCCCACCAUUCCAGAACAAACAAAAGAUGAAAUUUGAUGGGGAACUCGUUUGGACGGGGCUGUGUGGGGCUGAUUUUUUUGAACUUUAUGAAAAAAAUUUUUUUCUUUGCAAAAAUAUUGGGGUUUUUGAGGUCUUUAUAUCAUUCUACAUGGAAGUUGACACGUGUGAAACUUAGAACAGUUUAUUUUUCUAAAUUUUGUACACUUUUGAAUUUUAAUUCGAUUCAGCUGUUCUUUUUUUUCCGGUGGAACAAAACGACCUUCAUCGAAGUGAGCCCUAUUCCUACAACCACCCGUCCACUUCGACAAUUUGCGAGAACGGCCAAGUCAUGCAAAACCAAAAUGACCAGCAAUCAAAUUACUAUUAUCCUGAGGUAAACGGUCGUAUUUUAAAGACGUCCGGAAAUUUUCAUAUUUCUAGAACGCGCGAGAAGAGAGAGGCACAGCAAUGGAUCAAAUUCUGGGUUUUCCUGAAGAUUUUUAUUUUAAGAAUUAUAUUUUUCAGAUGACUGUAACAUGUACUGUACCUACGAUCAGUACGAUAUGAAUUCGGUGGGCGAUAUGAAGUUUAUAAAAAUUCAGUAUUAUUGAUUGAAAGUAUCGAUUUUUAGACCUAAUAUCCGACCGACAACGGCUGAUUUUGGCAAUAAUUACGUUUCUGAGGGUCCUCAGACCAGGAAUUUCGGGACUACGAUGUUUGAUUGGUAUGUGUGCUCCAUGGGGAAGGAUUACGGUAGUGAAAAUUAA